CAUAAACUAUUUUCUUCAUUGCUCCUACCAAGUCUUACUCCAGUUUAAGCCUCCAAUGGAGGGCCUAAUACCUAAACAUAUCCAACAAUAAAAAACUUUUGCAAUCUGAUCUGCUGGCCAACAAAAGGAUCAAUCAUAAGAUCUCGUAUCAGUUAGAUUCUCUCUCUCUUUCCCCUCUCUCACCAAUAAAUAGGGGGAAAGAAAAAAAUAAAUAAAAAAGACCCAACGUGUGUGUAUCAAUGGCUUCAAGUGGUCAAGAUUUACCAGAAGGAACAGUAAAGAACGUGCUAGACCAAGAUACAUUAAAGUGGGUAUUUGUAGGCGGAAAAGGUGGUGUUGGGAAAACAACAUGCAGUUCCAUUUUGGGUAUUUUACUUUCACAGGUCAGAUCCUCAGUUCUCAUCAUAUCCACUGACCCUGCUCACAAUCUCAGUGAUGCUUUUCAACAGCGGUUUACAAAGGCUCCUACCCUUGUUAAUGGUUUCACCAAUUUGUAUGCUAUGGAAGUUGAUCCAACUGUGGAGAAUGAAGAGACAAUUGGUUCAGAUGGAAUGGACGAUUUUCUGUCUGAUUUGGCGAAUGCAAUUCCUGGAAUUGAUGAAGCUAUGAGUUUUGCUGAGAUGCUCAAAUUGGUGCAAACAAUGGACUAUUCUGUCAUAGUGUUUGAUACAGCUCCAACUGGACAUACUCUCCGGUUAUUACAAUUCCCAUCGACACUAGAGAAGGGGCUUGACAAAGUUAUGAGUUUGAGGAAUAAAUUUGGCGGUGUAAUAAGUCAGAUGAGUCGAAUCUUUGGUGUUGACACUGAAUUUGGUGAGGAUGCUAUCCUAGGCAAGCUUGAAGGCAUGAAAGAUAUAAUUGAACAAGUGAACAGACAGUUCAAGGAUCCAGACUUGACGACAUUCGUUUGUGUUUGCAUUCCUGAAUUCCUCUCUCUAUAUGAGACUGAAAGACUUGUUCAGGAACUCACUAAAUUCGAGAUUGAUACACAUAACAUUAUAAUUAACCAAGUGCUUUUCGAUGAAGAAGUUGUUGAAUCGAAGCUGCUAAAGGCUAGGAGGCGUAUGCAACAAAAGUACUUGGACCAAUUCUACAUGUUGUAUGACGACUUCAAUAUUACCAAGUUGCCUUUGCUGCCGCAAGAGGUUUGUGGUGUUGAAGCUCUGAAAGCAUUUUCACAUCACUUUCUGACACCGUAUCAACCUUCUCUCAUUCGAGGUUCAGUGGAAGAGCUGGAAAUGAGAAUAGCCACAUUGAAAGAACAGUUGAAAGAUGCUGAAGAAGAGUUGGAAAAACUUAGAGCAGGCCAACAAGAAGUUAUAAUGUAAGAAGACCUUGCGGAGGGAGGCCAUUUUGUUUCCUUCAAUUUUAUUUAUUUUUAUUUUUAUUUUUAGGAAACAGCGUCAUAAAAAUCAUUUUUUUUAGACAACCAUUGUAGAAUUUCUUUUUAAAAUUUUUUAAAAAGGGAAGUUCUUAUGUAACCUUCAAGAAGACAAUAAAUCAUGUCAUAAUAUUUCAUGAAGUAAAUUUGACCAUUGUAAUGUCUCUUCAAGUGGACUUUGAUGGAUGCCAGCCAUUGUCAGUUGGGAAGUUUA